AGUGCCAUCCUCCAGCUCCUGGCUCACUGGCUGUGUAGGUUACUCCAAUGCGGACCCCACUCGUCUCUCCUCUUCCACUAUCAAUUAAUUCGUCACUGAAACAAAACGAAAACCGACACAAAUUCACACACACAUAAAACUCACCCGUGUGGAUCCCUCCGUCGCCGUCCCUGCCAUGAAAAGGGGGAUACCCACCUCCUCCUCCCACCUCCGCCGUCUCUACUUCCUAUCUCUUAUCUCAUUAAUCCUUUCCUUCUCUCUUUCUCUCCCCCUCCCUGUCCUCGCCGACACAGAUCAGGAGCAGCUUGAAGACAUUAGCGACACCUUUGUUAAUAACGCCACUCUCACUUCCAACAAUGCUUCUUCUACUACGGAUAGAGACAGGAGCUUUGCUGGUAUGAUCGAUCGUGCUCUGGAGAAAGAGUUCACUGAGAAUGAUCAGACCGAAGAAGAGGAUGCAGGCAGCUUCAAUAACAGUGUUGCUGGGCAACAGGCUGUAUUGGAAACUGUAGCUAGGGUUAAGUCCAAGAAAAAUGACACAAAGGAUGACAAGUCCUUUCAACUUCAUCAUGUUUUCACUAUGGAUAAUGACAACGGAGCAGAAGAGACACCAACACUAAUUGACAGAAAGGAUAAUGUCUUUAUCAUAUCCAAUUUUAAAUCAAAAUAUCCAGUGCUACAGUUAGACUUGAGGUUAAUAUCCGAUCUUGUAGUUGUCAUUGUAUCUGCUACUUGUGGUGGCAUUGCCUUUGCUUGUGCAGGACAGCCUGUGAUUACUGGAUAUUUGCUGGCAGGAUCUGUUGUUGGGCCUGGUGGGCUGGAUGUAGUUAGUGAAUUGGUCCAAGUAGAGACAGUAGCACAAUUUGGUGUAAUUUUUCUUCUUUUUGCUUUGGGGUUGGAGUUCUCCAUGGCAAAGCUUAAAGUUGUUAGAGCUGUUGCUGUUCUUGGAGGACUUGUUCAAAGCUUCCUAUUUAUGUGCAUAUGUGGAAUUACAGCCUCUUUAUGUGGUGGUAAGCCUUCUGAGGGGGUGUUUGUUGGGGUGCUUCUUUCAAUGUCAUCAACAGCAGUGGUUUUGAAGUUUUUGAUGGAAAAGAAUAGUGUUAAUGCCCUUCAUGGACAAGUUACAAUUGGAACCCUAAUCUUGCAAGAUUGCGCAGUGGGUUUAUUGUUUGCUCUUCUUCCUGUUCUUGGUGGAACUUCAGGUGUUCUACAAGGAGUCAUAUCCAUGACCAAAUCGCUGGUGGCGUUGGUUGCAUUUUUGGCAGUUUUAUCCGUUUUGUCACGGACUUGUUUGCCUUGGUUCCUUAAACUCAUGAUUAGCCUCUCCUCACAGACCAAUGAACUGUAUCAGUUGGCAUCCGUUGCAUUUUGCCUGCUGGUAGCCUGGAGUAGUGAUAAGCUUGGAUUAAGUUUAGAGUUGGGUUCGUUUGCUGCUGGAGUUAUGAUAUCAACGACUGAUCUUGCUCAACAUACACUUGAACAAGUAGAACCUAUACGCAAUUUUUUUGCUGCUUUGUUUCUUGCAAGCAUUGGAAUGCUGAUUCAUGUCCAUUUCCUAUGGAACCACAUUGAUAUUUUACUGGCAUCUGUUUUAUUAGUUGUCAUUGCCAAGACAAUUGUCAUCUCCAUAGUUGUCAAAGGUUUUGGCUACAACAACAAAACUUCAGUUCUCGUUGGAAUGUCUUUAGCACAAAUAGGAGAGUUUGCUUUUGUCCUUCUGAGUCGUGCUUCCAAUCUUCAUCUUGUUGAGGGGAAGCUGUACAUGUUGUUGCUUGGAACAACUGCUCUUAGUCUGGUGACAACUCCAUUGCUGUUCAAGAUAAUUCCAGGGGUAGUGCAUCUUGGAGUUUUGUUACGGUGGUUCACCCCCGAUAGUCAGAGUGAGAUGGGAAUAAAAAUAGAAGGUCUGCGAUCUGAUAGUGCAAAGCAACGAAUAGCCUUGAUUGCUAAGGAUCUUUUGAUUCAUGAAGGUUGACCAAAGCAGGUCAAAGUUUGGAUUGGAUAAAUGCAGAAUGCGGGUUAUCCAGACCAGACCAGACCAGACCAGAGUACAAUGUAAUAGGAAGUUGUGUUUUUGUUUGGAGGAAGAAAGAAAGAGGAAAAGAAGGGAGGAGGGGGAGAGAGGUAUUCAAUCUAACCAAUAGACAACUAAACUAACUAACAGGUCAGGUGAGGUGAGGUGUGAAAAAAAAAAGUGCUAAUUUUUGUGUGUUUGUUUGGUUGGUUGUUUGUUGGUUUGUAAUGUAAAAAUAGGUGGUGUACUUUGUAUCUAGUGGAAAACAAAACAAAACAAAACAAAUUUUCCAUGUAAUUUUUGAAAGGAAGCCCGGCCGAUCGAUCGAUCGAUUCUUUUAAA